UUACUUAUAUAAUAUGAAAAUAUCUUUCUAUGAUUGACUUUCUUUUUUCUACAAUUUAAAUAUGAGCGCGUUGUUACUACCAACAACAUGGCGACAUGACACGUGAUUUCGGAUAUCGAAGGAACCGACACGGAGUGACGCUGCUGGUUAUACCAGGUUAUACUGUGGCAAUACAUUCGUUCGUCAGCAAGUAGAGAGCAAGAAUUCACUUAGCAACCGACACAUCUCAGCCACAUGCUUUAGCGUUACUUUGCUUUUGCUUUAGCUUGUGUUUAAUUUAGUAUUCUAAUGCGGUGAAUUGAUAUUUCGAACAAUCAAUACAACUAGCUGUGUACACUUAAACCAACUAUAAAUGGAAAGCAGCAAAAGUCAGCUAUCAAAAUCAACACAUUGCGAAGCGCAACGACGUCUCCAUCCAUCUCUCUCUAACACAUGGGCCUUUGCGAAGAGCAAACGGCCAUUCCAGUUAACACAUGAGGCUGGGCGAAGCGCAUAGGAUAUUUUAUCUAUCAUUUUGGAGCUUUUGAAGUGCAAAGCUACCUACUCUGGAUUAUUAUCUUAUCACAGGUAUUAUCCAAAAUAUCUCACAUUAAAGGCCUGUUCUUUUUAGCUGCACUACUGCACUGGUGCAAUAAGUUAAAAUGAGAAAAAAUAUAUUUGUCUCACUUUAACUUGUUGCACCAGUGCACCAGUGCAGCUAAAAAGAACAGGCCAUAAGUCGCCCGCUUGAAGUCAGCGGCGAUCGAAGUUUUAUAUAUUCAAUCACAUGAAUAUGCAUCAAUAGGGUUAAUUACUCAUUUAUCUUGAAUAAGAAGCUUAUAAAAAUUUAAUUAAUUAUUAUUUCCGUAUACAGUUGCUUUAAUUGUUUUAGUAUCAUUUUCAGUUGUUUAACUGCUAUAAGUAUUAUUUCAAACGUUUAACUGCCAUUGUUACAAUUAAAAUUGCCUUUAUUGAGUUCAUCUAAUUAUUGAUUAGAGUCAUUUCUAAUGGUGAUAUUCUUUUUUUUAUGAUAACGUAAAUCCUUCAAUUAAAUGAUAUGUUUAUUUGUGUAACCCAAUUUGUUAAAUAAAUAUUCUUGUGCAAUCCACGCAGCUUUCUUUUGUAACGCACGCUACUUUUCUCAUAAAUCAAGUUAUCUAUACAGUCCAUUCCUGCCAUUCUUUUCAUUCGUCUGCAUUGUCUCUAAUAUUUUUGGUCCUUCGAGCCGGAUAUAUGGCGUCAUCGGAAGCACGCCACGUGGCUUAUUCAUGCAUGUUCAUAUUCAUUAAAAAAGAAAGAAUCAACUUACGUUCUUUAUCUUAUUAUAUUAAUUAAUUGAAAAAGAAAGAGAGCACAUUUAAUCGUCGUUUCCCCACAGGUGACAAACAAUCGAUAAAAGCUCAUUUUUAUAAUCAAGGAUUCGUUGAGCGAACAGAGAUAAAUUUCACAUUAUGUCGCAUAUAACGUCGCGAAUAUCGGCACAGCUAAACCGAUUUUUGUGUAUUCAAAAUACGCUUGAGGGCGCCUUAGAAGGAGACACCGAAUUAGUAACCCGGCACUUGAUUAACACAAGAUUGAAGAUAUUAGAAAACAAUUGGGCAAAAUUCCAAUCAGAACAUGAUACUUUGUGCCUAGAAGAUCCGGAGUUCGUAAACGAGCAGCCAUACAUAAAGACUAGAACCUUCGAACGAUGCCAAGAAUCUUACGUGCAAGCACGCGCAACGCUGCUUGCGCGCCAAGAAGAAAUGGAGUCAUUUAAUGCAGCUUCAAAGUCUUCAAGUUUAUCGUUUACGUCAUAUGCAUCUAACAGUCAAAGGGGACUACCUCGACUAGAAACAUUGGAAUUCUCAGGCAGCUAUAAUACGUGGCGAUCUUUUCACGAUUUAUUCCUGUCCACGGUAGGAAACAAUGACACGCUCAAUAAUGUGGAAAAGAUGCUCUAUCUCAAAACGUGCUUAACUGGAGAUGCCGCAAAACUCGUGAUCAACAUCCCCAUGUCGGAAGAUUCCUUCUCUAUUGCCUGGCAGAAAUUAGUUUCUAGGUAUGAGAACAAACGGAUUUUAAUUUCGUUACAACUAGACAAGCUCGCCAAUUUGAAGCAAAUUCAGACGAAGUCGGCACGUGACUUAAAUGCACUUAUUUCUACCGUAUCCGAAACACUUGAAGCUCUCAAGGCGCUGGGAUGCCCCAUCGAAACUUGGGAUGUAAUCUUGGUGCAUCAACUCGGUCGGCUGCUGGAUGCGGACACUCGGGAAGUGUGGGAGGUCAAACUGGGGUCAACAACCUCGUACCCCACGCUCAGACAGUUCGAGGAGUUUUUGAUUGGUCAGUCACGAGUCUGGGAGACUGUGGAAUCGUAUACUGCCGGCAAAUCAAAUGAGAAGAAUCAAUUUCUUCGUUCCUCUGGCAAACCAGACAACAAAUCAUGCAGUUUGGUGGCCACCACUUCUCAAACGCCAGGAAAUUCAUCGUGCCGAGCGUGUAAGUCAGACCAUUAUUUGCAUAUAUGCCCGAAGUUUCAAACAAUGAACGCUCAGCGAAGGCGAAGAUUCAUUACAGAGCAGCGCCUAUGUUUCAACUGCUUCGGCAAUCAUGUAGUAGCUCACUGUUCAAAUACCCGACGAUGCCUAAAAUGCGGCCAGAAACACCACUCGAUGAUCCACGACAGUUUGAAAUCUGGUCAGGCAGCUAACGACAUCGACAGACUCCAAGAAACUAAAAACUGAAGUUUCCAAGAAUCAAGAAGCGAAAGGCGACGAGUUUCAUUCAUUACUUCCAACUCCGAACUCUUAUUCAUUACUGAAGAGUUAGUUAAAUCCCUGCGAUUACUCCGUACCAGGGCAUAUAUCCCACUACUCGGCAUAAGCGAAACCUACUCAGGACGUACGUGAGGGCAUGUGUUGUACAGUUAAGCUCAAUUCAUGACUCUUCCGUUACGUAUAACUUACACGCAUACAUUUUUCCGAGCGACUUAUAAGCUACCAAUCUUUACAAAUCCGACGAAUUCCUGAGAUCACCUUCAAAGAUUACAACUGGCGGAUCCAGACUUUGGACAACCAAAACAGAUUCACAUUAUUCUGGAAGCAGAUGCUUACAGAAAUAAUUAAAUCAGACUUGAUUUAGGGCGAUCCCUCUUCACUUAUAGCCUAAUCGACCAUUUUUGGUCUUGUCUGAACCGGUGAAUACGGAAAGAACCGCCGCUAUCGCCGGAAGUUAUCAUUGCGCUGUUGAUCAUCAUCUCCAGGCUUUGCUAACCAAGUUUUGGGAGCAAUAAGAAUUAUCAAAAGCAAAUGUCACAACAUUCAGCCUGGAAGAAACCAAAUGUGAAGAGCACUUCUGUUCCACCCACUCCCGAGACAUGAGCGGUCGAUACAUGGUUCGGUUACCUCUAAAGUCAUUGGCGACAACUUUAGGGAACUCGUUCUCAAAAGUGCUUGAUUACACUCCAUCGACGCUUCGACAGGGAAUCGUCGUACCACCAAUUAUAUGCGGAUUUCCUGCACGAGUACUUGCUGCUAAGCCACAUAGUACCUGUACCGGCUUCAGAGAUCGACAUUCACCCUGUAUUCUAUUUGCUCCACUAAGGAGCGAGCAGCGCCAUACAACAAAAUUACGGGUUGUAUUCAAUGGUUCGAGCCGCUCGGACAAUGGGGUAUCGGUGAACGACAUUCUCUAUCCUGGAGCCAAACUACAAACAGACAUAUUUGACGUUUUGCUCUGGUUCCGACAACACUUAUUUUCAACAGACAUCAUCAAAAUGUAUCGCCAAAUUGUGAAUACAUGAAGAAGAUAGAGACCUCCAACAAAUCUAUUGGUAAGAUAAGAAUCAGCAGCCACCAUAUUGAUUAAAAUCAAUAACAUACGGUCUUAAUUGUGCGCCUUUUCUUGCUCUCUGAGUCCUUGAGCAACUAAUCAAGGCUACUUACAAAGCUACCUACUCACAACAGCUGGAUUAUUAUCUUAUCACAGGUAUUAUCCAAAAAUCUCACAUUAAGUCGCCCGCUUGAAGUCAGCGGCGAUCAAAGUUUUACACAUUCAACCACAUGAAUACGCAUCAAUCAGGUUAAUUACUCAUUUAUCUUGAAUACGAAGCUUAUAAAAAAUUAAUUGAUCAUUAUUUCCAGUUGCUUUAAUUGCUUUAGUAUCAUUUUCAGUUGUUUAACUGCUAUAAGUAUUAUUUCAAACGUUUAAUUGCCAUUGUUACAAUUAAAAUUGCCUUUAUUGAAUUUAUCUAAUUAUUGAUUAGAAUCAUUUCUAAUACUGAUAUUCUUUUUUUAUGAUAACGUAAAUCCUUCAAUUAAAUGAUAUGUUUAUUUGUGUAACCCAAUUUGUUGAAUAAAUAUUCUUGUGUGUAAUCUACGCGGCUUUCUUUUGUAUUGUACGCCAUUUUUCUCAUAAAUCAAGUUGCAGUCCAUUCUUUUGAUUCGUCUACAUUGUCUCUAACAGGGGGUAAGAUGAAAUGGGUAAGAUGACGAAUCGCUAAUUUUUCUAAACUAAUAAUAUAUAUCGACUCAAUGUUGAACUCAUUAAAGGCUUUAAAUUUUUAGAU